GCUCAGGGUGUAAGAUACCUCUGAUGUGGUUGACCCAACUUCGAGAUGUAGAGGCUGACUCUAUGAUUAGUUGGGCGAGUGCUGCACUUGCUACAUUAUAUCAUAAUCUUUGUGAGGCGUCCAUGGGCAAAAGGAUAGACAUUGGAGAUCCGACCGUACUCCUACAGCUGUGGGUGUAGGAGAGGAUGCCCACUUUGAGACCUGAUUUUGUGAUGGCACGUGUACAUACAAACAACACUCUAUGUGCAUUAAUGUGGACUGGCUCAUAUAUGAUAAACAAGGCCCCCAAACAUUUUGUUCGACAUUAUCGUGAACAGUUAUCAUUACUCCAAAAUAGCCAGAUGACAUAUGUGGACCGUCAAUUGCCAGACUCCUGCCUCGAGAUAAACAACAGUUGGAGAUCUAUGACGUACAUGGUUUGUUGGGCUAUUGUCGAAGCACAUGAGCCUGAGCGCGUUGUGAGACAAUUUGGAGGCACUCCGUUCAUUCCGGAAUUGCGUGAUUGGGGUUUCAAUGAAACUCAUUUCAAAACAAAUCGUCGUGGAAAAGCUAAGACGAACUGGGCUAUGCAGAAUAAGGCUUACAUUCAACAUUGGGAGAGAAGGUCGGAGUUCGUGUCUAAUCAUUACAUGGAGCCUCUUGAAGACCACGUGCAGGUGACUAGAACUCGAUUAUACAUGGAGUGGUAUUUUAAAAUAACUAUCACAUAUAUCACACUGCCGGGUAGGCUUCCAGAAGUAGGGAUGAACACUGUUGCAUCAUCAUCAACACUCCAAUCUGAGACAUUGGCCAGUGUAUUUCAAAUGUCGCGCGGUUUUGAUCCAAAAGACGCCGUAGGAUUGUUGCAUGAGAUUAACAAUCUUGUUCUUAACUGCCUUAGCGAUUGCGGUGAGAGUGGACGCACGGUCAUACCUUCCAGCGCACUGAUGUGGAUAUGUCCCGGGGAUUAUGCACACUUCCUGCUCAUGCUUUAUAAUAUGCAUUUUGACAAGAUUCAAAAACCAAUUCCAUCUCUCAUUUGUUUCUUCAUCAACAAUAGCAAAAGCAAUAGGCAAACAGUUCUUAUUUGCAUCAUAACCUACUGCAGCAAGUAGUUUACCUUUCAGUCUUCCACGCAGGUGAGUCCCAUCAACUGAUAAGACCGGCUUUGCUAGUUGGAACGCCUCUAUUGCUGGCCCAAAUGCCCAAAAUACGUAGCGGAACACAUUAGUAUUACCUUGACUCAAUAUAGGGUCAUGCAACCACUCAACGAUUGUCCCAAGAUUUUGACUUUGCAACUCAGUCAGGUAGCUGGGGAGUUGUCUGAAUGAUCUCUCCCACCCACCAUAUACAAGCUCAAUAGCUUUUCUGCGAGCAUACCAUGCUUUCUUGUAGCUGAUUUUCACUUGAAAUUUAUCUUUGAUAUAUGUACGUACA